CUCUCUUCACUGCCCAACUACUCUGUACCCUUCUUCUUCCACCCCCGCCCCCUCCCUCCUCUUCACCGCCGGCUGCAUCCUUCCCGUUCCCAAACCCCUUCGCGGGAACCCUUUCCCCGCGCCAUGCGGUCCCUCGCGCGGCCGCCGCGGCCGCCCAAGCCCCUGCCCCUGCUCUUCGCCUUCGUCCAGGCCAUGGGGUACGUCGAGGUGAAGAUGCGGUGGAAGAAGGACGCGUCCUUCGACGCCGUCCCGGUGCUCGCGCACGCGCGGGACCUCCGCCCGCUCGCCUCCCUCGCGCGCCUCCUCUCCCCGUCGCCGACCCCCGUCUCCGCGGUCUCCAAGCUCCGCCGCUCGCUCGAGACCUCGGACCGCCGCGUCGCCUCCUUCCUGCGCCGCUUCCCCGCGGCCUUCGUCGAGUCCGUUGGGCCCGAGCACAACCACCCCUGGUUCCGCCUCUCUCCUUCCGCCGCGCGCCUCCAGCGGGAGGAGCGGGACGUCUUCGCCGCCCGCCGCCCCGACAUCACCUCCCGCCUCCGCCGCCUCCUCCUCAUGUCCCCGGCCCGCCGCCUCCCGCUCAGCGUCGCGCAUGGCAUGCUCUGGCACCUCGGCAUCCCAGAGGACUACUUCAAGCGCCCGGAUUUCGACAUUGGACAAGAUGGAUUCAGGAUUCUGACCACCGGAGAUGUUGUAUGUCCGGAGGAUGAGAACCACGGUAGGGAGCUGGGGCUCAUGGAUGAUGCCAAGGAUCAAGAAAUGCCACUUUCGGUGCUUCAAAUGGGUGCCAUGCGGCGGUCCGGAUCGGCAGAGGAGGUGCCCUUCCCGCUGUUCCCGUCCAAGGGUCUUCGGCUGAAGCGGAAGAUUGGAGACUGGAUGGAGGGGUUCCAGAAGCUGCCUUAUAUCUCUCCCUAUGAGGACUUCAGCAACAUUCAUCGGGGUAGCGAUGUUUCAGAGAAGCGUGCGGUCGGGGUGCUCCAUGAGCUGCUCAGUCUGUUUGUGACAUGCUCUGCUGAGAGGCGACGGUUACUCUGCCUCAGGACGCACCUGGGGCUGUCGCAGAAGUUUCACCGGGUGUUUGAGCGGCACCCACAUAUAUUCUACUUGCUGUUGAAGGAGAAAUCAUGCUUUGUUGUCCUCAAAGAGGCUUACAUGGCUGGGGGACACACAUCAAUUGAGGAGCACCCUAUGCUGGAGGUGAGGAGCAAGUAUGCUAGGUUGAUGGAGGAGUCACGGGAGAUCAUAAGGCGCCGGCGAAGUGGGAAGCCUGUACAGCUGGAUCCGGAGGAUCAAGAGAGUGAGGAUUCAAAGGGUGUAAAUUCAGCUGCAACCCCUUCAUAGGGAUGUUAAUUAUUUUUGACUGAUCAGAAAAUAAGGAAAUGGGCAAUACAGUUUUUUACGGAUUUUUUGCAACAAGAAUGAGGGGGUUUUACCCUUGGAAGCAGCAAAUUUGCAUGCA